GUGGCAUAAAGGUCUCGAAUUUAAGGUUUUAACAAAUCACUUGUGCAAUAACGCUUACCAUUGGCCCACAAUGAGAGGAUAAAUAAGUUAUAUUCAUAUACUUAAUUGAGACUUGAAUUUGAACAAUUACCAUUAAAGUCAUAAUUGUAAUAUAAUAUAUUCUGUAGUUCUUGAAGUUUUUCUUCCUAUUUCUACAGCUUCAGGUGGAAGUGUCCAGUUUUCUCUUGGUUGUCUCCUCUUAAUAGUUUUCACAUACUUUAUCCCACCAUGGAGGAAGUUAUAUAUUGCUGCAUCAGUUGCACAAGUUGUACCAUUGAUAUUUACAUGGUUUGUACCAGAGUCACCACGCUGGUUAUAUUCUAAAGGUCGAUUAAGUGAAGCUGAAGACGUUCUUGUUAAAAUUGCAAAGAGAAAUGGAGUGAAAGACCCAGUGGUGUCACUGGCAAAAAAAGCUUCUUAUAUUACUGAUGCAUCUUAUUCAAUUGUGGAUAUAUUUAAAUGGAAAUCGACAAUGAAACGCCUUCUAGUCAUGGCUUAUAACUGGUUUGCUUGCAGUUUCGUUUCCUAUUCGCUAACCUAUGCAUCAGGGGAUAUGGGAAAAAAUAUUUAUGUGAAUUUCUUUUUAUCGACUAUCGUUGAAUUACCUACUGCCAUUUUUACUGCUACCAUACUUGAUAAAACAUGGUGUGGUAGAAAAAGAGGGUUGACCUUUUGCCUUUGUAUGAGUGGCAUUUUUUGUUUUGGACUGAUGGCUUUUAAACCAGGAGUAAAAAAUGCACUAAAACUUUCCAUUGGACUUGGUGGUAAAAUGGCAAUAUCGGCUGCUUUCUCAAUCAUCUAUAUUUAUUCUCCUGAGCUCUUCCCAACCAUUGUAAGAAACGUUUCAUUGGGAUCUUUGUCCAUGAUUGCUAGGGUGGGAGGAAUUCUUGCUGCGUUUGCAAAAACUUCGGUAGAAACCAGCCCAGUGGCCGCUUAUUUAACGUUUGGUUUAACCGGUGUUACAUCUGGACUUUUUACACUUAUGCUUCCUGAAACACUGGGGACUAAUCCUCCGGACUCAUUUGAGGACUUGGAGAAAGAAGAGAGGAAGAGAAAGUCUGUACGAAUGAAGACUGUGAAAAAGAGAUUAAGUUUAUUUUUUAGCAAAAAAGAUUCAAACACUGAAGAGGCUGAACUUCUUGUUGAGAGUCAAGAAGAAGACGAAUUGUAAAACAAGUUUAGAUUUUGUUUUUAGCUUGAUUAGAUGAAUUACACAUGUUGCUAUUUACCUUGCAUUGCAUACAAGACUUGUAGUAUUUUUUUGUACUAUUUUAUCGUUCAAACUGCUAUCUAUUAUAUUGCAUUGCCCCAUUUGUGCAAUUAAUUGCGCAUAGAUAAAUUUUUUAUAGAUCUUUUAUCCAAAUAUACACAGUACCAAGAAAUAGUUACACUCAAAGUGGUGGUUUUGUUUGAUUUUUUGGCACUAUAAGUGCAAGAUUUACACUAAGUGUGUUGUACUGUAAAGAUUUUACCAGUAUUUCAUAAUACACAGUAUACUAUGUUUGUUAAAUU